GUGGCUUGUGAAUCAAGUCUAAAGGCAGAAGCUGAACUUUAACAGAAUCCACCUUAAAUCUCUGCCUUAACUGCACAAGGCAAAACAAGUGAGAAUUAGCCACGGAGAGGGGGGCUUUAACAUUAAAAAAAAAAAAAGGGAGAGAGAAAGAAAGAAAACAAGGCUCCAUUUAGCCCUGUGCUGCAAGGCCUCUCACUCUGUGCAAGGGAAGGGGGAAUUACCUUAAGUAUAGGGUAGGUGGCCUCACAGGGGUGGGGAGGGGGGUUGAUUGCUCUCAAUCAGAAAGUUUGAUGAUGACCAUGACUACGAUGGCUGACGGCUUGGAAGCUCAGGACUCCUCCAAGUCUGCCUUUAUGGAGUUUGGUCAGCAGCAGUCCCACUCCCAGCAAAGCUCGCCGGUCAUGGCAGCCGGUCACUACCCUCUGCACUGCCUGCACUCCGGCUCCCACCCUCACCAUCACCCGCACCACCAGCAGCACGACAGCUACUCCGGCAGCAACUCGUACAGCCGCUCCCUGGCCGCCUACCCUUACAUGAGCCACUCUCAGCACAGCCCCUACCUGCAGUCGUACAGCAGCAACAGCAGCAGCAGCACCACGACUCAGAGCCGAGUCGAAGAGCCAGGUGAGGCCGAGCACUACUCCUUCUCUGCAGCCCCAGGAGCGCCCUUGCUUAUUCUGCCCUGGGGUCGCUGCUAUACUCUGCAGUCUCCGUUACAGAUGCACCUACUUUGUGGCAUUGUGACUGACUAUGGGAGACACGGUUUGUGCCAGCACCGGGCACACGACUUUGCUUUAUUUUCUCUCCUUUUCCUCUUUAUACUGUGCAGAUUUGCUUGGAACUGCUUAUUUUAUUCCCUUAUGUACAUUAUUGCUCUUUCUUCUUGUGCAAUUAUUCAUAGAAAUACAAUCGUGUCAUUAUUUAGAACGUGAUACAUGCAGUGUUAUAUUUAUAUACAUAUAAAUAGGUUUUACUACCCGGUAUAUAGGAAGCGCUUUUUUUUUUUAUUAAUAACUGCAUUUUAGGGGAAAACUGAAUUUAAGCUAGCGUCCUUCUGAGUGACAACCCAAUUUAACAAUAAGUACCAGAAAGGGGGGAGGGAUGUCUAGUAUUGCACAUGGAUUCACUUAUUUGCUUAUUAGGUUAUUUAUUCCGUACGCUUUGCUUAUUGCUAAUAAUAAUUAUAUACAUCAUACCCACUAAAAUCUGCUGUUUAGUAUAAUAGUUAUUAUCGUUAUCGCUGUCUGCGGCAACAUCUAUCCAAUCAUCUUCUUAUUAAGCAAACUAUGAGAGUGUCCCUGCUUCUCAUGUGGGGACUGUCCAGUUUUAAUGAAAGUUAUUCGUUUUCAAUUUAAUGACUGGCAUUAUGGAAAUUAUACAAUUAUUUUCACAAUUAUUAUUUGUACUAGUAGAAAAGUCUGUAAAUAACAAUGCUUAUAAUUGUUGUAAUUAUUAUAUUACUAUGAUAUAUUAUAUUAGUAAUGACAAGCAUAAGUGACAUUACUAUUAUAUAUAAUACUAGUAGAAACGAUAAAAAGAAUAAUAUGUUUGGGGCGAAAUGUACAACUGAAUAUGGAUUUGCAGUCAUUUCCAUUGGUUUAGUAAAAUCCAGUGCAAUUGUGUAUUUCCCUGUAUUUAAGCGAAACGUCUUUAGGAAUUGCCACAGGCCGCAGUAAUAUCGGUUCAAGUGAAUGAGUAAUUUUCCCUUUUAAUACAAAAUAAUGUUUAAGGCAAAUCCCUUUACUGUAACGCUUGCCUUUCCUAAUCUUUAGGGGUUUAUGUGUGUAUGUAAUGUGCUUAUACAAUAACAAGGGUGAAAAGGCAGAGUAUUUUGUAUUUAAAUUGGUUCUUUGGCCUCCUUGUUUUGGCAAGUAAAUAAAGAUCUGAUGAAAGGCCUGCUGCCUGUACUGGAAAAAUAUGGGCACUCGCGUUCACUGCGUUGAUGUCACAAUGAAGGGGUUUGAUUUGUGUCAUGAAAAAUGGACGUGAGAUUCUUUUUGAAAUGACCGAUAUUUCCCCCAAGUUAUUUAUUUCCACACGGCAGAUGAUUUGAUUGGAAGAUAUAUGACUGGGCGAUCAGAAACUCGAAAUCACCGAUUGUUCACUCACUAGGCAGCAAAUUGGUUACAUAAAGUCAAUUAGCCGUGUAAACAUCUCGUUGGCUGAAAGGAUCCCCAGCCUUUCCUAGAGAAUAAUACAAUAUAUCUGCUGCUUUACUGGAGCCUCAUGCAAGAGCUCAUCCGUGCCAUUUAGUGUCUGGGCCAUAUACAAAGAGCAACUAGAACGAUUCCAUUUUUACAAAAUUAAUUAAAAAAGGAAUAGUCUCCAUGAAGUCUACAUAUAUGGGUCAUUACAUUCAAUGAAUUUAGCUUCUUAUGCUGUAAUCAUAUGAUUGUAACUAAGUAAAUACUAUUCUCUAACAUUCAUGUGCUUCUUCUUUAGCGGAACAGCAAAAAACAACAGUGAUCGAAAAUGGGGAAAUUCGGUUUAAUGGGAAAGGGAAGAAAAUUCGCAAACCCCGGACGAUAUACUCUAGUCUCCAGCUGCAGGCUUUAAAUCAUCGCUUCCAGCAAACCCAAUACCUGGCACUACCAGAGAGGGCAGAGCUAGCCGCUUCUUUGGGUCUCACUCAAACACAGGUAAAGAUUUGGUUUCAGAACAAACGGUCCAAGUACAAGAAGCUGCUGAAACAAGGCAGUAAUCCCCUGGAAAGCGAUCCAUUGCCCGGCACAGCCGCCCUCUCCCCUCGCUCUCCAGCUAUUCCUCCCGUGUGGGACGUUUCGGCCUCUGCCAAGGGGGUUAGUAUGGCCCCCAACAGCUACAUGCCUGGCUACUCCCACUGGUACUCGUCCCCGCACCAAGACACAAUGCAGAGAUCACAAAUGAUGUGAAGCUUCUAGGUCCAGUUUGGCAAAGACUUGUGGAACAAGUGGCGCCCAUGCCAGUCAUGUGCCAGGAUCUGGGGGACUUACAGUGGCGGUGCAGGAGCCCAUCAGUGGGCUAAGCCUCAGUGAUACACCUCAUUGGCCCUUGGAUAAUCUCUCCUGGACUCCAAGAUAAAAACAAACAAACAAGUUUGGAUUAAAGGGCAAGUUAUCUGCAUGAGACAAAAAUUUUCUUACAAAAGCCAUGUACAGCAUGUGUGGCGUGAGCAAGGAGCAGGGAGAGGUGGCACCCAACAGCAGGCUUGGAACCCUAUAAAAUAAUGGAUCUUUGUGUCUCAUGGACCCUGCUUAGGAACCACUGUUUUGUAGCAAGACUGUGAAUGGAUCGGCUCUGGGGCCCGCUGGCAUUCGCUUGGCAAGCUAUAGAGACAUUUCUAAAAAUGACAUAUCUGUAUAUAUUGUUGAAUUGCAGUUGUAUAUAUCCUUUGUAUGUUAUUGUCUUUCAUAAAUGGAAACAAAACAAGCAUUCCUCAAAA